GGGCGAGCUUUGCGUCUCCCGCCCCACGAUAAUCGUAUAUUUCUACUCCGAUUCGCCCUUUCUGGGUUGAGAAGUUCCCCCGUGACAUUUUCUUCCGCACCCGGAGAGCAGACAUUCGGGAGAAGCGGCCUGGGGGAAUACUGGAGGGAUUGCGGGGAGAUGCGUAAUUACGCGUGUGUUUCUUUCUUAAAAAAAAAAAAAAAAAAGCGCAAAGCAAUUCUUGUAAACUUAGUUAAAGCAUUCUCACCCUUUUAGAAUUUAAUUAGGGGACUUGUGCAUUAAUUACUAUUGUAAAUGGUUGCAGGCAUUGUGUGACUCAUGAUUGAGGCGGCCCUUAUGGCGGGCUGUCAAACUGUUUUGGCUUCCCCGUUAUUACUUUGUAGCUCAAAUUGUUGCUUUUAUAAAAAGAUACUAUGUGUUCGCAUUCCCCCCCACCCCCAUACAUUGUAGUCAGGCGGAUUCUGUUGCAUUGGACACAGUUUUGUCCUUGAACUUUACCAAGCAUAAGCUGCGUUUUGUUUUCCUUCGAAACUCCAUUUCUGUCCAUGUUCGGUGUGUGCUCUUUUUAUCAGCUGGUAAAAUAAUUAAAAAUCUUUUCUCCAGAAGAGGUUAUCGUUCCUGUUGGGCCCUGCUGCUUUUGCAUCACCGUGAAGGGAGAUUUUUUUUUUUUUUAAACGAUGUCUUUAUGGAAUGGAAAUAUUUAGCUUCAUUGAGCUGUAAUUGCUUAAGCAUCAAGGAAUUGUACUGUAUUUAACUCCUUUUCACAUUCAUUUUCUUUCCUACCGUCUUUUCCUUUCUUAUUCCCCUUUUUCUUUUGCAUCAUAUUGGGACACUCAGGGAAACUUAGCCAAUUAACCAAAUCCGUGAAUAGCUUUCUUUUUUCUUUUUUUUUUACUUGUUGAAAAUAAAAUGAAAUUUCUCCUAUCUCAGGUUUUAAUGUAGUUUGCUCUUGAUGAUUGCGGGUCUUAGGUUUACGUUGGGGUUUUUAACACUCACAUUUCAAAUCGUCUGAAUAUUUUGCACCGCGUAGAAUUGUUCCAAAUUGCUGGCCUAUUGAGUUUCAUAAGAUACUAAUCUGUUCAGGUGAUCGUUAAAGAAUGUGUUCAGAUGGUGAAGGAUAGGCAUCAUUGGUUUACCCAGUAAGGGAUUCUCUGUUACUCAAAAUAAUUAUGGGAUCAUUUAAAGGAAAUUAAGUCUGACAUCACUGACUAUUUGUGGUAUAUUUACAUAAAUUUUGUCAAAAUCUAGUAAGGAAAUGUUAAGAUAUGAAACCAUUAAAGAAAACAGGUUGAGCCAUUAAGGUGUAAUAUCAGCAGAACAGAGCUUAGAGGUCUGUUUCUCCUUCCAUUUUUGUUUUAUCAGGUAACUAUAUCAGUAUAAUUCCUAUGAAGGUGCUCUAGUACUUAAUUAAAAAUUGUCUGUGCCACAGGUAUAAUUUUGAUAUUAGGUAGAACUCGAGUCUCUGGGUUGGCUAUUUAUCAGAGUUUGAAUUCCAGCUCUGCUACUUGCAAUAUGACCUUGACUCUUGGCAAGUCACUUGGCCUCUCUGUCCAAUCUAUAAAACGAGCGGCGUGGGCCAGCCAGUUGCUGAGGUCUGUUAGGCCCUUUGGGUUACAUAAAAGAAGUAAAGUGCUGUCCGUGUUCACAGAGGGCAUGUACAGUCUAGUAGAAAGACUAUCAUAAAUGCAUAAGUAACAGUAGUACUAGGUAGAUGACGUAGGAAUCAAAAGAUACCAUCCCAUUCUUGUGCUUGAAAAUAUUCAGUUGGUCAGAAGGCAUGAAAGGAAAAACAAAUAUCAAAGAGAUUGUAAGGCAAUGUGUACUAAGGAUCCAAUGAGAGGGGAGCAUUUCUUGCAGGUUAAAAGUGUUCUGAGGAAGGAGAGGUGAUUAGGUGGGCAGAUGCUUCCUUCAUCUCCAUCUCUAGCUGUGUUUCCUUUUUCACAAAAAAGAAUGUAUCUGUCUUUACCCAUUAGUGCUCUCCCCAGGAAAUCAAGGCAUUGUAUUCAUUGAGUAACCAUUUUUUGAGCAUUUUCGAUAUUUCAACUGUGGGACUGGGCACUAAGCCAGGGAAGAAUGUAAGUAGUUAAAUUUAUUGAUUGCUUACUAUAUGCCUGGCACACUUUUCCUAAGAUUUUACAUGGACUCAUCUGAUCCUUGAAAAACCCUGUGAGGUAGGUAGUAUUAUUAUCUCCGUUUUACAGAUGAAGAAUUUGAUGUAUAAAGAGGUUAAGUAACUUGGAGGAGACCAUAUCACUGGUAAUUGGAGUAACUUUUUAGGCUUCAAACUUGCAAAAUUUGAAAAUUUCUUUUGGUAGGCGGGACCCACAGAUGCAUGCAAUACUUCUAGAUCAGUUUUUUCAUCUGGGCACUUGACAUUUUGGACCAGAUAGUUUAUUAUUUUGAGGGUUGUUCUGUGCAUCACAGGAUGUUCAGCAUCCGCAGUAGCUCUCCCUGUCCAGUUGUGACAAUCAACAAUGCUUCCAGAUACUGCUAGAUGUCCCUGGGAGUGGCGCAGAAUCGACCCUGGCUGAGAACCACUGCUCUAGAUCUUCAUUAGGAAUUGUAACGUGAAAGCCUCCAAACUUUCAGAUGUUGAGUUAAUUUAAACAUCUUUUGGUCGAGUGCUGUGGCUCACACCUAUAAUCCCAGCACUUUGGGAGGCCAAGGCGGGUGGAUUGCUUGAGGUCAGGAGUUCGAGACCAGCCUGGCCAACAUAGUGAAACCUCAUUUUUACUAAAAAUACAAAAAUUACUUGGGCGUGGUGGCAUGUGCCUGUAUUCCCAGCUACCCGGGAGGCUGAGGCAGGAGAAUUACUUGAACCCUGGGAGCGGAGAGCCAAGAUUGUGCCACUGCACUCCAGCCUACUUGACAGAGUGAAACUCUGUCUGAAAAAAGAAAAAAAAAAUCUUUUAAUAACAUGGAAGCCUAGACCCUAUUAUGUAGAUCCUCAAUUUGGAAGCCCUGGUUUCUGAAUGUCAAAGAUGUGUUGCCAUUCUCCUUUUCCUCUGCUAAGCUGCAAAUCCUCAAGACAGUGUGCCUGGUAGCCAGUGCCAGUUAAACAACAUUGGCACAAGUAAUAAAUUUAGUUUACUAUCAUAGGUAAACUGUCUUUUAAAAUUCACAGUUGGCCAUUAAAAUUGUCACAUUAUGUUAGUAUCAUGGGAGCCAUAAUAUCUACAUGAGGGCGAUUACCAUUAGAACUGAACUUUGAAGAAUGGAAUCAGUUUUGAAAGGCAGAUAAAAGGGCGUUGUAAGAACAACAACAGAAGUAAGGACACAAAAAUCCAGAAAGUACAGGAGAUUUUGAUAUUGCAGUGGGUAGUUCAGGUUAUAUAAGGUAUUUGUAGCAAACUGGUUGAGGCCAGAUAUAGAGGUUCUUGAAUGUCAGGUUGAGGAACUUGUGCAUAAAUUUUUAGGUAUGGGAGCUAUUGCAUGCUUUUUGUUGCGUACUGAUGUGAUAGAAUAAUCUUCUGGUCUGGGAUUACUAACCAGGUGUAUUUAUGGGAGAAAACUAGUGAUCUAGGCAAGAAGCGAUGGAGGCCUGAAUUGAAGUGGUGGCAAAAAGAGGUGAGUGAGGCUGGACCCAGUGGCUAACGCCUGUAAUCCCAGCACUUUGGGAGGCCAAGGCAGGAGGAUUGAGCCCAGGAGUUUGAGACCAGCCUGUGCAACAUGAUAAGACUCUGCCUCUACAAAAGAAUUUUAAAAAAUUAGCUGGGUGUGGUGGUGUGCACCUGUAGUCCCAGCUACUUGGGAGGCUGAGGUGGGAGGUUUGCUUGAGCCCAGCAGUUUGAGGCUUCAGUGAGCUGAGUUUGUGUCACUGCAUUCCAGCCUGGGAAACAGAGUGCAACCCUGUCUCAAAGCAAAAAGAGAGAGAAAGGAAAAAAAAGAUGAGUGUAUAAGAUACUGAGGAAGUUAAGAAUCUGGGAUUUGACAGCUGAUUAGGUGUCAGAGGAGUCAAAAAUACAUAGGAAUCUUCAUCAUGGAUGAAUGACAGUUUGACCCAACCUCUGAACAGAACAAGUCAGAGCAGAAAUAGGAGUUUGGGGAGAGAAGAUGCUAAGUUACAUUUUGCAGUUGUAAAAAAAAAAAUCUGCCAGUACUGGUCUAGACCAGUAGAACUCAGCUGGUCUAGUCUGAAAAAAUAUUUUGGAGGCCAGAAUCAUAGAAUCAUUGAAUAUUUAGAGCUGGACUAUGACUUUAGAUAGAGAUCAGCCAGCAUUCUGACUUCUUCAUUUCUCAAGUGGGAAAGCUGUGGUUGAAACAGAUUCAGUAACUUACGCAAGUUUAUAUUCUCUGUCAAGUGACCCAGCUGGGAUUUAAACAGGCCUUUUGACUCUAAUUCUAGUAUUCCUCCCAUGUGCAGUAUUUUAUUUUAUAUUGCACAAUAGAUAAAAUAUAAUUUUGGUUUUUCCUUCUUUAUUCUAAAAGAGUAAAAGCAGUUAUCUCAAUAUGUUAUGUUCAUUCUAGUGAUGACUUUACUAUCAUGUACUAAAUGUGUUUUGUUUAAAGUAGAAGUUAACUUCACGUUAUACUGAUUUGUCCCCCCAUAAACCAACUGUAUGUCAUCAUAUAACAAAAGUUGUUAAAAGUGCUAUAUACCAUAUAAUGUUGCAUCUAAACUGGGACACUUGUCUGAGAUGCUUUUGCCUGGGACAAAUGCUGUAUUAGAAAUGACUAGGACUGGCCAGGUGCAGUGGCUCACAUGGGUAAUCCCAGCACUUUGGGAGACUGAGGCACGUGGAUCAUUUGAGGUCAGGAAUUCAAGACCAGCUUGGCCAACAUGGUGAGACCCCGUCUCUACUAAAAGUACAAAAAUUAGCUGGGUGUGAUGGCAUGUGCCUGUAAUCCCAGCUACUUGGGAGGCUGAGGCAGGAGAAUCUGAACCUGGGAGGUGGAGGUUGCAGUGAGCCGAGAUUGUGCCACUGCGCUCCAGCCUGGGCAACAGAGUGAAACUCUGUUUCGAAAGAAAGAAAAGAAAUGACUAGGACAGCAGGAGUAAAACCCCAAGGCAUUAGGUCUCCGUAGCUAAGGUGGAUCCCACUCAUGCAAUUCAUCAACCUUUGUCUGAAAAAAAAGAAAGAAAAUCUGAUUUUGUUAAGCUUUUCUUUUGCUUUGCUGUGAUACGGUUUGCAGGCCAGCACAUGCAUAUUACUAUAGGUUGGUGCGAAAGUUAAUUGUGGUUUUUGCUCAUUUUUAAUGUACCAACCCAAUACGCUUUUUUUCCAGCUUAAUUUGGCAAUUAGGUGGUAAAUCACUUGAUAGGAUAAAUUAAUCACAAACUGUAAGCUUAAUUUAAAAAUGUGUAACAACCCUCUGUGGAAAAUUUGAAUAUAAACAUCAAAGGACUACCAUUCAGUAAGCUCUUUUGAUUUUUGGCAUCUGAAAUGUCUGAAAGUAUAAAUUGCAAAACAUCUUUACAAUUUUAAUGACAACUGCAAAAGUAUUGCCCAUGAUUGGAAAGACUAAAAUGGUAUGCGUUACAUGUAUUCUGUUCAGACUGUUGCAUGAUAAAUCUCUCACUGAAAAAACAGAAAUCCCUAUCUCAUUUUAAAAUUUUAAAAAAUCGGCCGGGCACAGUGGCUCAUGCCUGUAAUCCCAGCACUUUGGGAGGCCGAGGUGGGCAGAUCACUGGAGGUCAGGAGUUCGACACCAGCCUGACCAACAUGGUGAAACCCCAUCUUUACUGAAAAUACCAAAAUUAGCCUGGUGUGGUGGCACAUGCCUGUAAUCCCAGCUACUUGUGAGGGUGAGGGAGGAGAAUCGCUUGAACCUGGGAGGCAAGGGUUGCAGUGAGCCGAAAUUGCGCCAUUGCACUCCAGCCUAGCCUGGGCACAAAAGCAAAACUCUGUCUCAGAUAAAUAAUCAAUCAUUCUAACCUUAAGCAAAAUUGGAAAAAUGUUGCAACGAAUACCUGUAUCUCUUUACCUAGUUUUAGUGAUUAUUAAUAUUUUGCCACAUUUGUUCUAUCGUGACAUUGCACACCAAAGUAUGGCAGUAGGUAUCUCACAGAAUAGGGGCAUUCUACCUGACAGCAAUCAAAUGAUCACCCACAGGAAGUUUAACUUUACAAUUCUGUCUGGUCCCUAUUCAGAUUUUCCCAAUUUUCUCAAAAAUUUUUUUAAAGUUGUAUUUGUUCUUUCACUCAAUUCCUGUAUCCUGGGUUGCAUUUAGUUGUGUCUGAAGUUUCUCUUACAUUAGGAGCAUUUUCCUGCCCUUUUCUGCUUCUCUCUUGAUAAUGACAUUUUGAAAUAGUCCAGUCUAGUUGUUUUUGCAGACUGAAAUUUGCAUUUUUUGGGUCUUGUCUGUAUGAUUAGGUUCAGGUUGACCCUUUUUGGCAGGAGUAUCCCAUAGGUGAUGAUGUGUUUGUCUUCAGUAUUCCCUCCCCACAGCAUUUUGAAGUAAAUUAACCGAAAGGUUAUCCAAUAUUCUUACUUCUACACUGACUUGGUGUUUCUUUCAUUUUAGGAAAUGCCAAACAAUUGGUUUAAACUGAGAUGUAAUUUUAAAUAUUUGAGGUUACAGUAAUUACAGGUCUUUGUAUUUAAAUCGAUCAGCCAUAAUGAUUACUGCUUUUAUGAAGAUUUAUGCCAAAGGUAGCACCCUUACUGUGGGACAUAAAAGUUGCUUGUUUUCAGCUUUGACCAGUGAUGAACUGAUAACCCUGGUAGGAAAAUGAAACAUUGGGGCUGGGCUUGUAAUACACUUUCUUAAAAGAAUGCCCCAUUGAAAUUAGAGUGGCACGGUGCCAGCAGACCAAGGGUUCUCAUCCCGAUGCCACAGAGGGACCACAGGUGUUAUGAAGUGGUUUGCAAAAUUGAAUGUAUGCUAAAAUAAAAUAAUAAAAAUAAAAAUAAAACCCCACAACAAAAGCAGAUAUGGUCCUUAGUGCUCAUUAGAUCUCAAAGGGUCAUUACUCCUCAAAGAUUAAGAAACUGCUUCUUUAUGAGAAGGUUGUCAGAGGAGCUGAAUAGUAUCAAUAAGAGGAAGAUGUUUGAGAUUCAAAAGGAAGUAAUAUUCGACUAAGGCACAGCUUCUUUCCGUCUUAAAAAAAAGCCACCCAUGAAAAUAAAUAUAGUUUAAAUUUCCUAUUUAAGAUGUCUUAUUUUAAAAAUGAUUUGCAUACUCUGUGUGUUUGAGUUGGCUAUGAAGGAGAAAUCCUAGCAUUUCCACUCUUGUAACUAGGGAAAAGCAUUUUGAAUUUUUAGCAGUAGUAUAUUAUGUGAUGAUGACUCAGCUGACUUCUCGUUUCAAAUGGAAUGUUCAAAACAGAUUAAAACCUGGUUGAAGAAUUUUAUACUUUGAACCUUACAAGAUAUUUUCUGCAAACAGUGACUGGUUGGAUUUUGUAUAAUAACAAACAAGAUUAAGCCAACUCAGUUGUUUUGCUGUUCUUAUUAGUGGUUUUCAGUCAGGGAGCACUUAUUGAGCAGUUUGCUGCAAUAAUAUUGAAUAUUUUUAGAGUUAUGACGUCUGUGUUUUGUUGACUUUGGUCCCUUCUUUCUCUCAUUCUUUUGAAGUUUCCCUAAAACAUGUGUGCACAGACGGGAGAGAAUGGUAGUUAAGUAUGUGCUGAUUUUAAAUGUCCUUUUAAAUAUCAUUUAUUCCUUGAUAAUUGACUGUAUAACUGAUGUAAGAGAAAUAUGUUUUAUAUGUUAUUCCACUUGUGAAUCUCUUUGCAAUGUGAGGCAUAUAGUGAAAAUCUUACAAAGAUAGGGUCAUAAAAUGUGCAUUCUCUACACUGCUGCAGGUUAAUCGUCCUCGAGCCACGUUUCUGAGGCCUGUCAGUCACUAUUUCUUAGAAACCUUUGUUGGCUCCUUCCCAGUGACUCUGGAAUUAAAGCCCAGACUCUUGUUUUUUGCUCAGCUUAUCAAUUUAGCACUGUCCCUUCCACCUUUUGCCCUGUCCCUAACUCUUCUUCUCUGAAUGUACCUUUCAGUUUCUCUCAACUUUUAAAUAACAGCUUUAUUCAGAUAAAAUUCCCAUAUGAUAAAAUUCACCCUUUUAAAGUCCACAAAGUGUAUGAUUUAAUGGUUUUUAGUAUAUUCACAGAGUUACGCAAUCAGCACCACCAUCUAAUUCUAGAAUUUUCACCCCUUCACCCAAAAACCCCAUAAUAGCAGCCACUCCCCAUUUGUCCCUUCCACCCAGCCUCUGGCAACCACUAAUCUACUUUCUAUUAUAACUCUAUGGACUUACCUAUUUUCGUUUAAGUGGAAUCAUACUGUAUGAUACUUUUGUACGUGACUUGUCUUAUUUAGUGUAGUGUUUUCAAGGUUCGUCCAUCAUGUCGCAUAUAUCCUUUAUUCCUUUUUAUGGGCAAAUAAAUUUCAUUGUAUGGCUAUUGCCCGUUUUGUUUGUCCGUUCAUCAGUUAAUGGGCAUUUGGGCUGUUCUAACUUUGGGGCUAUUAUGAAUAAUAUUGCUAUGAACAUUCAUGUACAAAUGUUUAUGUGGACAUAUAUUUUCAAUUCUAUUGGUUAUAUACCUAGGGGUGGAAUUGCUGGGUCAUAUGGUAACUCUGUUUAACUUUUGUUUGUGUUGUUUUGUUUUGUUUUUGAGACGGACUCCCUCUGUUGCCCAGGCUGACGUUCAGUGGUGCAAUCUCAGCUCACUGCAACCUCCCACCUUCCAGGCUCAAGCCAUCCUCCCACCACUGCCUCCCAGGUAGCUGGGACUGCAGGUGCAUGCCACCAUGCCCGGCUAAUUUUUUCUGUAUUUUGUAGAGAUGGGGUUUCACUGUGUUGCUCAGGCUCUAUUUAACUUUUUGAGGAACUGCCCGACUGUUUGCAAAGCGGCUGCACAGUUCUACAUUCUCAUCAGCAAUGUAUGGAGGCACUAGGUUCUCCACAUCCUUUCCAUUGCCAGCAUUUGUUAGGGUUCUUGUUUCUGAUUUUAGCCAUCCUAAUGGAUGUAAAGUGGUAUCUCAUUAUGGUUUUGAUUUACAUUUUCCUAAUGGCUAAUGAUGAUUAGCAUCUUUUCAUGUCCUUAUUGGCCAUUCGUAUAUCUGAUCUGAGAAGUGGCCAUUCAGAUUCUUCUCCCAUCUUUAAAUUAGGUGAUAUUUUUUGUCAUCGAAAAAGGUCUUUAUAUAGCUUAGAUACAAGUCCCUUAUUAGAUAUAUGAUUUACAGGUAUUUUUUCCUAUUUUGUGGCUUUUCCUUUCACUUUUUUUUUUUUUUUUUUUUGAGACGGAGUCUUGCUGUGUCGCCCAGGCUGGAGUGCAGUGGCAUGAUCUCAGCUCACUGCAAACUCCACCUGCCAGGUUCAAGCGUUUCUCCUCCCUCAGCCUCCUGAGUAGCUGGGAUUACAGGCACCCACUACUAUGCCCAACUAAUUUUUGUAUUUUUAAUAGAGACAGAAUUUCACCAUGUUGGCCAGGCCAGCCUUGAACUCCUGACCUCAAAUGAUCCACCCGCCUCUGCCUCCCAAAGUCCUAGGAUUACAGGCAUGAGCCACCGCAUGCAGCCUCUUUUCACUUUCUUGAUGGAGUCCCUUGAAGCACAAAAAUUUUAAAUUUUGUAAAUCUAGUUUACCAGUAUUUUUUUCUGUUACUUGUGUUGUUGGCAACAAAUCCAAGGUCACAAAGAUUUACUUGUGUUCUAAUAAUUUUAUAGUUUUAGUUCUUAAUGUUUAGUUCUGUAAUUCAUUUUGAGUUAAGUUUUGCAUAUGGCAUGAGGGCUCCAAUGUCAUUCUUGUUAUGUAACUAUCCAGUAAUUCCAGCUUCAUUUGUUGAAAAGACUUUCAUCUUGGCACCCUGUUGAAGGUCACUUGAUCAUAAAAUGAAGAAUUAUUUCUGGACUCUAAAUUCUAUUCUGUUGAUACUAUGUGUUCAUCAUUAUGCCACUUCCACACUGUCUUGAUUACUUCAGCUUUGUUGUAAUAAGUUUGGAAUCAGUAUGAGCCUUCCUUCAAGAUUGCAUUGGCUGGACAACCAGAGACUAAUUAUUAAAAAAAAUUUUUUUUAAAGAUUGCAUUGACUAUUCUGGUUGCAUUUCUAUGUGAAUUUUUGGAUCAGCUUGUCAAUUUCAGCAAAAAGGCAGCUGAGAUUUUGAUAGGAACAGUGUUGAAUAUGUAGGCCAGCGUGGACAGUAUUGCAUUUUAUAAUAUUAAGUCUUCCAGUUCACGAACAUGGAAUCUUUUUCUAUUCAUUUAGGUCUUUAAUUGUUUUCAAAGAUGUUGUGUAGUUCUCAGUGUGUAAUCAUGCUUCUUUUGUGGAAUUUAUUCCUAAAACUUUUUGAUGCUAUUGUAGGUGGAAUUGUUUUCUUGAUUUACUUUUUGGGUUGUCCACUGCUACUGUGUAGAAAUACAGUAGAUUUUUUUUAAAGUUUUUUAAAAAUUGUGAAACACGUAAAAUUUACCAUCUUAUCCAUUUUAAAUGAUGUAGUUUGGUGGCAUUGUCCAUUCACAUUGUUGUGCAGCCAUCACCACCAUCCACCUCUGCAACUCUUCAUCUUGUAGAAUGGAAACUCUGUACCCGUUAAAUCAUAACUCCCUAUUGCCUUCAGCUCUUGGCAGCCACAAUUCCACCUUCUGUCUGUAUGCAUUUGAUUAUUCUAGAUACCUCAUUAGUGGCGUCAUAGAGUGUCCUUUUGUGACUGGCUUAUUUCACUUAGCAUAGUGUCCUCAAGAUUUGUCCAUAUUGUAGCGUGUGUCAGCCAAUUGAUUUUUGUAUGUUGAUACUGUGUUCUGCAGCUGUGCUAAACAUGUUCAUUAGUUCCAGUAGUCUUUAUGUAUCUGGAUUCAUUAGGACUUUCUGUGUACAAGAGCCUGUCAUCUGUGAAUAGAGAUAGUUUUACAUCUUCUUUUCCAAUUUUGGUUCAUGCUUACUCACACACGCACUCUCUUUUUUCUGACUGGAACCUCGAGCUCAGUGUCGAAUAGGAAGUGGCAAGAUCAGACAUCCUUGUCUUGUUCCUAAUCUUGAGGAGAAGUAUGCAGUCUUUAUCAUUAUGUAUGUUGUGAGCUGUGGGCCUUUAUCAGGUUAAGGAAGUUUUCUUUUAUUCCUAUUUUGAGUGUUUUUGUCUUGUAAAAGGAUACUGGAUUUUGUCAGAUGCUUUUUCUGUGUCUCUUGAAAUCAUCAUGUAGCUUUGUCCUUCAUUCUAUUAACAUGGUGUAUUUCGUUGAUUUUCAUGUUAAACCACCCUUGCAUAUCUGGGAUAAAUCCACUUUGUGUAGUCCUGUUUGUUGCUAGAUUUGGUUUGUUAGUCUUUUGUUGAGGAGUUUUAUGUUUGUAUUCAUAAGGGUUAUUGGCCUAUAGAUUUAUCUUUUGAUACCUUGGUUCUCUUUUGGUACCUGGUACCUGAUUUGCUCUGGUUUGCAAUCUGGGACCUUUAGUUGUUGGUUUUGCGUCCACCUAAUUCUGCAUUGUACAAUAAUAAUUGUUUUUAUGUAUUCAGUUUUAUUUUCUACUGUAUACACUUCCUCCUUUGGUUGCAACCUUCUUUGCAUCCUAACCUUAGCUUAGUGCAGUGCUUUGUGCCUAGUCUCUCGUGGCUAGCAAUUAGUGUACACUUUUUACAUUUUAUUUAUUUAUUUUUUUGGGGACAUGGUCUUGCUUUGUUGCCUAGGCUGGAAUACAGUGGCGUGAUCGUGGCUCACUGUAGCAUUGAAUUCUUGGGCUCAGGUGAUCCUCGUGCUUCAGCCUCCUGAGUAGCUGGGACUACAGGGAUUUAGUGCAAGAAGAAGAACAGUUGAUGGAAGAAAAGAAAAAGAAAAAAGACGACAAGAAAAAGAAGGAAGCUGCUCAAAAGAAGGCCACUGAACAAAAAAUCAAAGUGCCAGAACAGAUAAAGCCCAGUGUAAGCCAGCCUCAGCCUGCCAACUCUAAUAACGGCACUUCCACAGCAACCAGCACUAAUAAUAAUGCCAAGCGAGCUACAGCCAACAAUCAGCAGCCACAGCAGCAGCAGCAACAGCAGCAGCCGCAGCAGCAGCAGCCACAGCAGCAGCCACAGCCGCAGCCGCAGCAGCAGCAGCAGCAGCCACAGCAGCAGCCACAGGCCUUGCCUCGGUAUCCUCGUGAAGUACCUCCACGAUUUCGCCACCAGGAACACAAACAGCUUCUAAAGAGGGGUCAGCAUUUUCCUGUUAUAGCAGCAAACCUUGGAUCUGCUGUUAAGGUGUUAAACAGCCAGUCAGAAAGCAGUGCUUUAACAAAUCAACAGCCACAAAAUAACGGAGAGGUGCAGAACAGCAAAAACCAGUCAGAUAUAAACCACAGUACUUCAGGAUCCCAUUAUGAAAAUUCCCAGCGGGGACCUGUGUCUUCUACAAGUGAUUCUAGCACAAACUGUAAGAAUGCUGUUGUAAGUGACUUGUCGGAAAAAGAAGCAUGGCCCUCAGCCCCUGGCAGUGAUCCGGAGUUGGCUUCAGAAUGUAUGGAUGCUGAUUCUGCCUCCAGUUCUGAAUCAGAGAGAAACAUCACUAUCAUGGCUUCAGGGAACACAGGUGGUGAAAAAGAUGGCCUUCGGAAUAGCACUGGACUUGGUUCCCAAAACAAGUUUGUAGUUGGUAGCAGCAGCAAUAAUGUGGGCCAUGGAAGUAGUACUGGGCCAUGGGGUUUUUCCCAUGGAGCCAUAAUAAGCACAUGUCAGGUCUCUGUGGAUGCUCCUGAAAGCAAAUCUGAAAGUAGCAACAAUAGAAUGAAUGCUUGGGGCACUGUAAGUUCUUCAUCAAAUGGAGGGUUAAAUCCAAGCACUUUGAAUUCAGCUAGCAACCAUGGUGCCUGGCCAGUAUUAGAGAACAAUGGACUUGCCCUAAAAGGGCCUGUAGGGAGUGGUAGUUCUGGCAUUAAUAUUCAGUGCAGUACUAUAGGCCAGAUGCCUAACAAUCAGAGUAUUAACUCUAAAGUGAGUGGUGGUUCUACCCAUGGUACCUGGGGAAGCCUUCAGGAAACUUGUGAAUCUGAAGUAAGUGGUACACAGAAGGUUUCAUUCAGUGGUCAACCUCAAAAUAUUACCACUGAAAUGACUGGACCAAAUAACACUACUAACUUUAUGACCUCUAGUUUACCAAACUCCGGUUCAGUGCAGAAUAAUGAGCUGCCUAGUAGUAACACAGGGGCCUGGCGUGUGAGCACAAUGAAUCAUCCUCAGAUGCAGGCUCCAUCAGGUAUGAAUGGCACUUCCCUUUCUCACCUUAGCAAUGGAGAGUCAAAAAGUGGAGGCUCUUAUGGUACUACAUGGGGUGCCUAUGGUUCUAAUUACUCUGGAGACAAAUGUUCAGGCCCUAAUGGCCAAGCUAAUGGUGACACUGUGAAUGCAACUCUAAUGCAGCCUGGCGUAAAUGGUCCUAUGGGCACUAAUUUUCAAGUUAACACAAACAAAGGAGGUGGUGUGUGGGAAUCUGGUGCAGCAAACUCCCAGAGUACAUCAUGGGGAAGUGGAAAUGGCGCAAAUUCUGGAGGAAGUCGAAGAGGAUGGGGAACCCCUGCACAAAACACUGGCACUAAUUUACCCAGCGUUGAGUGGAACAAACUGCCUAGCAAUCAGCAUUCCAAUGACAGUGCAAAUGGCAAUGGUAAGACGUUUACAAAUGGAUGGAAAUCUACUGAGGAAGAGGAUCAGGGUUCUGCCACAUCUCAGACAAAUGAGCAAAGCAGUGUGUGGGCCAAAACAGGAGGUACAGUGGAGAGCGAUGGUAGUACAGAAAGCACUGGACGCCUUGAGGAAAAAGGAACUGGGGAAAGUCAGAGUAGAGACAGAAGAAAAAUUGAUCAGCACACAUUACUCCAAAGCAUUGUAAACAGAACUGACUUAGAUCCACGUGUCCUGUCCAACUCUGGUUGGGGACAGACUCCUAUUAAGCAGAAUACUGCCUGGGAUACAGAAACAUCACCUAGAGGGGAACGAAAGACUGACAAUGGGACAGAGGCCUGGGGAAGCUCUGCAACACAGACUUUUAACUCAGGGGCAUGUAUAGAUAAGACUAGCCCUAAUGGUAAUGAUACCUCAUCUGUAUCAGGGUGGGGCGAUCCCAAACCUGCUCUGAGGUGGGGAGAUUCCAAAGGCUCAAACUGCCAGGGGGGGUGGGAAGAUGAUUCUGCUGCUACAGGAAUGGUCAAGAGCAAUCAGUGGGGGAAUUGCAAAGAGGAGAAGGCUGCAUGGAAUGACUCGCAAAAGAAUAAACAGGGAUGGGGUGAUGGACAAAAAUCAAGCCAAGGGUGGUCUGUUUCUGCCAGUGAUAACUGGGGAGAAACUUCAAGGAGUAACCAUUGGGGUGAGGCCAAUAAGAAAUCCAGCUCAGGAGGUAGUGACAGUGACAGGUCCGUUUCCGGUUGGAACGAACUUGGUAAAACUAGUUCUUUCACUUGGGGAAACAACAUAAAUCCAAAUAAUUCAUCAGGAUGGGAUGAAUCUUCUAAACCUACACCUUCCCAGGGAUGGGGAGACCCUCCAAAGUCUAAUCAGUCUCUAGGUUGGGGAGAUUCGUCAAAGCCAGUCAGCUCUCCAGACUGGAACAAGCAACAAGACAUUGUUGGAUCUUGGGGAAUCCCACCAGCUACAGGCAAACCUCCUGGUACAGGCUGGCUGGGGGGACCUAUACCAGCCCCAGCAAAAGAAGAAGAACCCACAGGCUGGGAGGAACCAUCCCCAGAAUCUAUACGUCGCAAAAUGGAGAUUGAUGAUGGAACUUCAGCUUGGGGAGAUCCAAGCAAAUACAACUACAAAAAUGUGAACAUGUGGAACAAAAACGUCCCAAAUGGCAACAGCCGUUCAGACCAGCAAGCACAGGUACAUCAGCUGCUAACGCCUGCAAGUGCCAUCUCAAACAAAGAGGCAAGCAGUGGCUCUGGCUGGGGUGAGCCCUGGGGGGAGCCUUCUACUCCAGCCACAACUGUGGAUAAUGGUACUUCAGCAUGGGGUAAGCCCAUAGACAGUGGUCCCAGCUGGGGGGAACCCAUUGCUGCGGCAUCCAGCACAUCCACGUGGGGCUCCAGCUCUGUUGGUCCACAAGCAUUAAGCAAAUCUGGGCCAAAAUCUAUGCAAGAUGGCUGGUGUGGUGAUGAUAUGCCAUUGCCUGGAAAUCGCCCCACUGGCUGGGAAGAGGAAGAAGAUGUGGAGAUUGGAAUGUGGAAUAGUAAUUCAUCUCAAGAGCUUAACUCAUCUUUAAAUUGGCCACCAUAUUCAAAGAAAAUGUCAUCGAAGGGUCUGAGUGGCAAAAAAAGGAGAAGGGAAAGGGGAAUGAUGAAAGGUGGAAACAAACAAGAAGAAGCGUGGAUAAAUCCAUUUGUUAAACAGUUUUCAAAUAUCAGUUUUUCGAGAGACUCACCAGAGGAAAAUGUACAAAGCAAUAAGAUGGACCUUUCUGGAGGAAUGUUACAAGACAAACGAAUGGAGAUAGAUAAACAUAGCCUAAAUAUUGGUGAUUACAAUCGAACGGUCGGGAAAGGCCCUGGUUCUCGGCCUCAGAUUUCCAAAGAGUCUUCCAUGGAGCGCAAUCCUUAUUUUGAUAAGGAUGGCAUUGUAGCAGAUGAAUCCCAAAACAUGCAGUUUAUGUCCAGUCAAAGCAUGAAGCUUCCCCCUUCAAAUAGUGCACUACCUAACCAGGCCCUUGGCUCCAUAGCAGGGCUGGGUAUGCAAAACUUGAAUUCUGUUAGACAGAAUGGCAAUCCCAGUAUGUUUGGUGUUGGAAACACAGCAGCACAACCCCGGGGCAUGCAGCAGCCUCCAGCACAACCUCUUAGUUCAUCUCAGCCUAAUCUCCGUGCUCAAGUGCCUCCUCCAUUACUCUCCCCUCAGGUUCCAGUUUCAUUGCUGAAGUAUGCACCAAACAACGGUGGCCUGAAUCCACUCUUUGGCCCUCAACAGGUAGCCAUGCUGAACCAGCUAUCCCAGCUAAACCAGCUUUCUCAGAUCUCCCAGUUACAGCGAUUGUUAGCGCAGCAGCAAAGGGCGCAGAGUCAGAGAAGCGUGCCUUCUGGGAACCGGCCGCAGCAAGACCAGCAGGGUCGACCUCUUAGCGUGCAGCAGCAAAUGAUGCAACAAUCUCGUCAACUUGAUCCAAACCUGUUGGUGAAGCAGCAGACUCCACCAUCUCAGCAGCAGCCACUCCAUCAGCCAGCCAUGAAGUCUUUCCUUGACAAUGUCAUGCCCCACACUACACCUGAGCUGCAAAAAGGGCCAUCACCAAUAAAUGCUUUCAGCAACUUCCCUAUAGGCUUGAACUCAAACUUGAAUGUAAAUAUGGAUAUGAACAGUAUUAAAGAGCCACAGUCAAGACUAAGGAAGUGGACGACAGUGGACAGCAUUUCUGUGAACACAUCUUUGGAUCAAAACUCCAGCAAACAUGGUGCUAUUUCAAGUGGUUUCAGGCUGGAAGAGUCUCCAUUUGUUCCCUAUGACUUUAUGAACAGCAGUACUUCACCAGCCAGUCCUCCAGGUUCAAUAGGAGAUGGCUGGCCACGUGCCAAAUCGCCUAACGGCUCUAGCAGUGUUAAUUGGCCACCAGAAUUUCGUCCUGGUGAGCCAUGGAAAGGUUAUCCAAACAUUGACCCUGAAACUGACCCUUACGUCACUCCUGGCAGUGUCAUAAACAAUCUUUCAAUUAAUACUGUGCGGGAAGUUGACCACCUCAGGGACAGGAACAGUGGGUCAUCCUCAUCCUUGAACACCACGCUGCCUUCAACUAGUGCCUGGUCAUCCAUUCGUGCCUCCAACUACAACGUUCCCCUCAGCAGUACAGCACAAAGCACUUCAGCCAGAAAUAGUGAUUCCAAAUUGACAUGGUCUCCUGGUUCAGUUACAAACACCUCUCUGGCUCAUGAGCUGUGGAAGGUCCCUUUGCCACCUAAAAACAUCACUGCUCCGUCCCGCCCACCUCCGGGACUGACUGGUCAGAAGCCACCCUUGUCUACGUGGGAUAAUUCUCCCCUUCGUAUAGGUGGAGGAUGGGGAAAUUCUGACGCCAGAUAUACCCCAGGUUCCAGCUGGGGUGAGAGCAGCUCAGGGAGAAUAACAAAUUGGCUUGUUCUAAAAAACCUUACACCUCAGAUCGAUGGCUCAACUCUGCGCACUCUGUGCAUGCAGCACGGCCCGCUGAUCACAUUCCACCUGAACCUCCCUCACGGAAAUGCUCUGGUCCGCUACAGUUCAAAAGAAGAGGUAGUGAAGGCACAAAAGUCUCUGCACAUGUGUGUACUGGGGAACACUACUAUUCUUGCUGAGUUUGCCAGUGAAGAGGAGAUCAGUCGUUUCUUUGCACAAAGCCAGUCUCUGACCCCUUCUCCCGGCUGGCAGUCUCUCGGGUCCAGCCAGAGCCGGCUGGGCUCCCUCGACUGUUCCCACUCAUUCUCCAGCCGGACCGAUCUCAAUCACUGGAAUGGUGCUGGGCUGUCGGGAACUAACUGUGGAGACCUUCACGGCACUUCACUCUGGGGGACCCCGCAUUAUUCCACAAGCCUGUGGGGUCCCCCAAGCAGCAGCGACCCCCGAGGAAUUAGCAGCCCAUCUCCCAUUAACGCUUUUCUUUCUGUUGACCACCUGGGUGGGGGUGGAGAGUCCAUGUAACAGUGUAGAUGCAGACUCACCGACCGGGACCUCAGACGCGAGGGAAAGGAGCACUAAGUGGGGCUUGCCGCCUGCAGCCAGGGGCCGCCUGUGGGAACAGCUAUUCUCUGCACAUUUUCCACUUUGUUUUCCCCAAAACAUAUCAGUUUGAAUACUUGAAUCAUGCAGGCCAAUAUUAUAAUGUGAAAAGGUAUCUACUCUAUUUACACUCCCAAAUAGCGCCAUACAUGCUAAACCGUAGAGAAUGAGCUCGCUUGUGUCUAUUCAUCAUGUUUAGCCUUUGGAUUCUUUUUUUUUUUUUUUCCUUCUAUUCCUCCCCCCACCCCCCCGCCCCUUUUUUUCUCUCUUGCAAAACCAUUUUUUGGGCUGAUAACGUAUGAGCUUUUCCCUUUGCACUGAAUGAUGUUCUCUCCGUCUCAUCGGCAGUAUGGGGGGCAGCUGUCCCAGUGUCAAUGUUUACUCAAGGGUGUUCUUAGGAGGCGUGCGCUCUCUACUAUGCCUUGAUGUUGCCUACCUUAUUGUGGUAUCGUGGAGUUUAAAAGAUCAAGUUAGGAUGCUGACUUAGGAUUAUUAAUGAAAGUGUUGCACCAGUUUUUUCAUGUUGUAAAACUAAAGAAUUUCGCUCUGCAGUUUGAAAAACUGUGGCCACAGCUGUGACUUGCAGCCCACCUGCCACCCAGGACGGGCCCUGCACUUUGAAUAGGCUUUCCAUUUUGUUUUGGAGGUUCUCACUUUGAACCUUCUUGUUUACAGAUUUUUUUGUUUGUUUUUUGAGAAAAAAAAAUGUUUACUCUUCCAUCAUUUAAAAAAAAUGUAAAAGACAAAAAAAAAAUGGAGGAUGAUUUAAAAGAUGCUUUCUAUCUCUGGGAAAAAGGAGCAGCAUUUGGCCAUGUUCUUUUGUUUUUCUAUUCCUGUCCCAAAUCAAAGAGCAUGGUUCUCAGGAAAACCAGUUCCCCAGUUUAAAAAAAAAAAAAAGAAAAAAAAAAAUUCCUUGUAGUUUCUUAUAGGAAAAAAAGAAAAACCCCAACUUUUAGCACUGAUACUACAUAUUGCUCUGUUAAAGAAUUUUCUCUGCCAAAAAAAAAGAAAAAAGAAAAAAACGCUUAAAGCUGGAGUUUGACAUUCUGCUUUCAGAUGCUGUCUUUUUAUUAGUGAGUGAUGAUGGUUUGCUAAUAAUCAAUAGGUAAUAAUUUUUUGUAAUCCCAUCAAGUGGCUCCAUAUGUUUCUGCUCUCUCGUGACUGUGUUAAUGUUUAACUGUUGUACCUUAAAGCCGAAAUCAGUAACUAUGCAUACUGUAACCAAGGUAUUGGGCUUACAGAGUUGUUUGUUGUAUAAAGAAAAUUUUAAAUGUUGUUGCAAACUAACGAGUUACACCAUUUUAAACUUUCUUUCCUCCCCCUUUUUUUGCCCACAAAUGGUAUUAUAAUGCUUGCUUAGUCAAAGAAGAGAGACUAAACAAGGGUAAAAAUUUUAACAGUACAGAAUUUGCCAUCAUAUCAUUGCCUUGAUUCUAACUGUUUGUGUCCUAAGAUGCAAAAGAAGUCAGUGGCUUUUAACUGUUUACAAAUAGAAUGUGAUUGUAAAAUGUACAGUUUGGUUGUGUUUGAAUUAUGAAAUUUCUUCAGAUAUAAUAAACCAUGACUUUUUGGCUGCUCAACAUUAAUUGUCUCCUUUUUGUGAAUUUAUUUGUAGGCUCUUUUUUAUAAUGAAAGUUUCAAAGUUGCUAUGUAUGAGGGUUCUCAUAGAGCAACCGAUUAAAAAUUUAAGCAAAUAUUUGAACAUUUUAUCUGAACUCAUCACAAUUUCACCCUGAAAUAAUGUGAGAACAAUGGGAAACUGUAGCUUGCUCCUUCCCACCCUCUCUGAGCAUCUUUGGGAUCUUGUUGCUCAAAACUCUUCUGUGACUUCAUCUUCCCCACCAUUUGUGCCCAUCUCAAGCCUCAGCAAGAAACCAUGUGGAACAUGAAGCUUAAUGACUUGACAGUGUACUAGUGUUAAACUCUCAUACCUCUGUUACAAAGCGAGAAACGCCACACCCGGACUGGCCUUUUCUUCCCCCUUCACGGCCCUCGCUUCUCCCUGCAGGAGCUCGGGGGCGAAACCUGUGUAUGGAUUUCAGUGUAUGACUUCAGAUCAUGCUCCAACUUGCCAGGUGUAAGCUAAUGUUGUCGGACACCUUACUAUAAGCAAAUGUUAUUCAGUGCGUUCAAUGUAUAUUGACUUCCAUACUGGUUUUUCCAAAAACCAAAGGUAGCUUUGAAAAACCAUGUCUGGAAAUGUUUGGAGCGUUAAGCUGAUUGACCUUCUGACCUUGGGGCUUUGAGUAGUAUAUAAUUCAUAACUGCGUUAAUUGUAUUGUUAAAAGUGUUUGGGAGUUUUUUGCGCUUGUUAUGUGGAAAUAAAGUGUUUGAUUUAAAAUUUUUUAAA